AGUUUUGUUCCUUGCACUCAGCAGGACCCAUUGAAGGAUGAGGUUGCAGGCUGUGUCUGCUUGAUUUGGGGAAGUGGGCAGAGGGACACAGCUGUACAGCCAGGCUACCCGAUGCCUUGGGCUCUCUGUGGAGGAGGUGCAAGUUUUGCCUGACAGCUGCGGCCCUUGGGGAACUGAAUUUAAUCAACACUUUCACCAGCAUGAGUUACAAGAAUUAUUUUUCUCCCAGUUAACAUCAUUUGUGAUAAAUCAGAUUUCUCAACAGAGCUGAUCAGUCUCCUUUCUGCACCUGGGACAUGGUCAUGGGGUGAGACUUCAAGGCUACAGAUGCCUCCCAGUUUCGGAAGCCUGUUCCCAAAGAAAUCAGCAUGGUAUAUGGACAGAGGUGAUCUGUGUACUUCCAGCUUUGCUUCUGUAUGUGCUGAUUCCAAAAGAGCCCAUUCAGAUCAUGUAGUCCUUCUUAUGAGCCCCCUGACAUACCCAGCAUUGGCUGUAUCUGUGGAAAAGAGUUGGUCUAGUCUUCUUAGAUGUUGCAUGUCCCACUUGGAAGUCAGAUUAUAUGAAAAACAGUAGUGUUUUCAUAUAGUUCAAAAGGUAUUUUUUUCGUAGAACCAGAAGGGGAAAGGUUCUGCAUUUUGAUAGUAACCACCUAAUCUUGCUAGUUCGCUGAGUGUUGCUUUCUUCAGUAAUUCUUUUUCCAUGGAGUACCUGAACUGCCAGAACUCUUUCUGGCAGGGCUUAAGGGUCUUGUGUUUUAAAGACCAGGUGUCUCCUCGGCUGUUUCCCAUCCAGACAUCAUAGCCAGCAUCUGCAAGAAUGAAGCCUAGGCUGUUGACGGGCAGGUUAGAAAUCCAGUUAAUAGAAUCUGCUAGAACACCAUGGUGUAGCAAAAGUGCAGACUUUUUCCCUAACACAGAAGAGGUUUUCUUAGGCUGUGUAGUAGCUAAUGUGUAGUUAAAACUGGGGUGCAGAAUCUGGUUUUGCAGGAGUGUUUUAACCCAUGUACAGAAUUUAGGCCACGUUCUAGGCUGAAUGACUAGGUGCCUUUGCUGAGAUGGAAAGGUAUGGAACAUGCCAUUGCGUGUGCAAAGGGGAAAGAUGGGGAACCCAUGUAAGAGUUGUCUCUCAGACCUUCCUUAUGUCCUACAACUGUCAUACCUGCAUAUUGGCUGUUCCUUCCAGUGGGAAUUCUGAAAACACUGAGAAUGUAUCCAUCCUCUGUUGUAACUUCAUAUUCCUUGCUGGGGUAUCCAUGAUACCUGAUAAUUUUACUCUGUGAAAAGCCAAAGGACAGUUUAUUAAGAUGCAUUUACAGUGUAGAUAUUGGUGUAGAAGGUGUUUAGAGGCUGCUUCUGUCCAGGAACAUGAACGUAACCAAGAAUAUGCCAGUAAGAUAAAUGUGGUAACAUAUUGCUAGCUUUUCUCUACUGCUGUGUGUUAUACUGGUAGAAGGGUACACCAAAAGGGAUUCCUGCAGGGAAAAAAAAACAAACUACAUCUCUCUCUUUCAUGGAUGAUCCAAUAUAUGCCAUGCCUUAACCACGGAGGCCAGAGGAUGCAAACAGCAGUGAGAGUAGUUGGGGUGUGUUUCUGUGAUGUGGUUUGUGUACACUACAAUGUACUACAUUGUGCUGUAUGAUUCAAAUUGUAGUAAUUGCUGUAGCAUUGGUACUCAAGCACUACACAGACUUACAAGAGUAGCAGAAUGCAGUAAAGUGUUCUUCAGACUUGCUUAGGUGGUAGUUGUCUGGUGUUUGACCUCCUAUUGUGGGACAAAAAAGAACUGUACUGAGUGACUAACCUUUUGGGAGAUAUUUUGUCAUGUUUUGCAGGGCUGAUAUAGGUUGUAUCUUUCUAGAGAGUAACCAUGCAUCAGUAUCUCUAUCUUCAUGAGGGAGGGACUUCUCAAUUAUUUUUAUUUUUUAUUAAAUCUAUCAUAUCCCUUGAGUCACUAGAACAUUUGGAUUACACCACAACUUGGAUAUAUCCUUAAUAUUGACAUCCAAACUCACUGUAGUCCACUUUGUAGGAGAAUACUCCAAUUCUUCUGUCAGUAGAAUAGAAAUCCUUCCACCUGUGUGCUCUGGAAGCUCAGUUUUAUAGUAGAUAUUCCACUGCUUUCUGCAGUUUCAUUCAGUUCAAACAAAAGUAAAACACAUUCCUCUAUUUCUGCAUGUGGAGCAUUGUUUAGGAACAAAACUGGAAAGUUCAGCAUAGGUCACAGUUUGAUUUUGUACUAAAGGUGAGGCAGUAGGGUAGCUAAAUUGUUACCAUUUUUAGGGUAUGUUUUUUCUAUGUAUUGAAUGGUCACCUGACUAAGCUGGCAUGUUUUAAGCCUUUUAUCUGAAUGUUUUCUAAAUUAGAUAUAAUGCACCAAUUAACUCUAAGGCUUGGCAAACACUGUCUCCUUAAUUUCAAUGGCCAAGUCUUGACUGUUGGAGCCUGGAACAGUAAUCUGGUCUUUUUAUGCAAUGAAACAGUGCCAAAGAGUGGCAUUUCCAUGGCAAACUGGAAUUAACUGAAAUAUUAAAAAAAAAAAAAGUGGAGGAAGGUAUCUGAAAGAUACAUUGAAAAUGCCAUUUCUGGAGACUUUUGAUAUUUAAUGAAAAUAACCUUAAAACUUUUAGAAAUUCAUCAGAGUACUCUUGAGAGGGUCAUAAUGUUUUUUUCACAUGCACUGUAAAUGGGACAGAAAGGCACCAGGUCAUUUAAUGUGCUUACCAGAUUUUAGAAUUGCCAGGUUAACUUACAAGGAAAACUUAAAUGGAUUUGGAGCUAUAAUAGCAAAAUGUUCAAUUUAUGUAUACGUUUUCAAUGCUGAGAUUUUCAUGCAUCCACAGUGAUAUCCCAAGGGAAGAAAACCCAAGUAGAACAAAAUUAAACUAUCAGUUACUCCUUUUUCCCAUUUGCAUGGGUCAAAGACUUCUUCCUCUUCUCCUUUAGCAAGCACGCACUUUGAUGCAUAACAUCAGGCUUGCAGCUCUGAAAGGAUGCAGGCUGCCUGCUCUGACAAGCAACUACACAGAAUCAAGACAGCACAUCUUUAUGGAGACAGGCAGCAGAGGAAGGGACCAAGGGCAUAUAUGUACAUGUUUCCUACAUGCUGAGUAGGUGACAGUCUGCCCAUGUACUGAAUCUUGGCACCUUUUGGACCAAAAAGACAUAUUCAACAACAACAACAACGAAAAUCAACAUUUUCAGGAUUCUAAUCUAAUUAUAAGCAUGGCAAAGAACACUAAAGCAUAUGUGUAACAGAAGUGAACCUGUGACUAUAAAACUUUACUUGAGUCUCAUGCCUCAUCAUGGUUGAGCUGCUUAUCCGUUCUGCAACUGAAGCUCUAACCAAAGUGCUUUUCAAGAGGACCUGAGAUGUGAUGCUGGAUUAAAUAGUAAUUUACACUCUCUUGGGAGAAAUGUUGCCUGAAGCUAUUACUCUGAUUUGUAGAGGAUGGUCUUUUUUUUUUGUUGUUAGUUUGUUUGUUGUUUCUUUAAAAUAGUUUUUUAGAUUACUAUGCAUUUGUUUAUUUGUAUUAGGAAAGGAUUAAUUAAAUUACUAAAUUGUUAUAUGUAACUUCAUAGUGAUUUGAUGAGUCUUUCAACAAGUUGUAGUAGAGAAAUUUCAACAACCUGGUCAGCUGAUGCAGGAAGAUGUGAAUUCCUUAGGAGCUGGAUGUGAAGAAGUACAGGCAACUGAAGGAUGUUAUUGCAAAAAUGACAAAGGAAAAUGCUUCUGUGUUGUAACUUGUUCUGUCAGUCUUCUGCAAGCUGCUGUUCUCACGUUUACCUCCCUGGGUUGGGUUUCUGAAGACAAUUGUUUUAUUCUACCAGGUAGAAAGCACUGAAAGGAAAUGUAGCAUAAGAAAGUGUGAUACUUUUAAGUUAAAUAUUAACCAGAUUCAAACAAGCUCAAGAGCAUUUCAAGUGUGGUUAACUUGUUGGGCAGUUGAACAAGAAGGAACUCAAGCAGUGAAGAACAGGCAUGGGGAUACUCUACUCAGAGCCCAUUUGUCAGGCAGCUUAUAACAACGAUUUCAAUAAAGUUCAGUUCCUUUUGGAGCGCAACUGCAACUAUCUGAAUAUCCAGGACAGCUUCAGUGGAGACACCCCCUUAAUUUGUGCAUGUAAAAAGGGAAACAACAGGAUAGUUAGCUAUCUUCUAAGAAGACAUGCUGAUGUCAACCUCAGAAAUAAGAAGGACCGCACUUGCCUGCAUUAUGCUGUGAGAAAACGGUUUACCUUCCUUGACUAUGUGCUCAUCAUAAUCCUCAUGCCAGUUAUGCUUAUUGGAUAUCUUCUCAUGGUCUCAAAGACUAAACAGAAUGAAAACCUGAUCAAGAUGUUGCUCAGAGCUGGAGCUGAUGUGAAUGCUACAGACUCUUCUAGUAGCACAGCCCUUCACUAUGCUUGUGAAAUGAAAAAUCAGGAAGUCAUUCCUCUACUGCUUGAAGCUCAUGCAGACACUUCUGUAAAGAAUCAGGAUGGGGAGACUCCCUUAGAUAUAGCAAGAAGACUGCAGUUCCACAACAUUGAAAGCAUGCUAAGGAAAGCUUCCUAGUCAUCAAGGACUCUCAAACAUGCAGAAAAUUACCUCAUCUGACAAUGCAUCUUGCAUAACAGCAAACGUCCAACAGAGGGUGAAGGCUGUUACUUGAUAAAAACUUGGUCCACAUCCACCCAUUCCUUGCUGUAGACUUUGACAACUUUGUGUGAGACUUGUCAGUAUCCCCAAGGCCAUGUGUGGGGUGAAAGGAGUUAAUUUGAUUUUGCUGAGCCAUGAAUAAUUACAAUAGUGGUCAAAAUAUUGCCCUUCCCAUCUGUUUCAUCAGUCUUAUUACUUGACUUCUGCAGUCUGUGGAUUUUGAAAGCUAGCUAUAAAAUAUCUGGAAGCCUAAAUAUUACAUAUGGUUGGCAGCCAAUGCAAAAAUAAAAUAUCCUUUAGAGUGCACAUUACUUGUUCUAUAGGGGAACUAAACAAUAUGCUACAGCAGUUGUACAAAGUCUGGUACCCUUCCUCUUAGUAUUUCUCUUCCCACAAUGGGAGUGACUGGGAAAAUAGGUCUCUCGGUUGAGCACUUUUUCCUUCCAUCCUUCCUACAAGUUUCACACACCUUAAUUCUCACUAUAUUGCUACAAGGGUAGGAUUAUCUUCUCCCUUUUUUUUUUCAUGUAAGACACAGCAAAAAGAGAUUCAAUGGCUUGCUGGAGACCAUAAAGAAAGCAAAUUCCCAGAUCACUUUAAUGCAUUAAGAAAUAAUAAUGAAAAUAUGUUUGGCAUCGUAGAGAAACAGGUCUCUUGACUACCUUUCCAAUAUAAACAGUGUACUAAA